AGUAAACGAAAGCGAUGGACCAAUAUUGUCGAAUUUGUGCGCGGAACGAUCUUCGUCCCGGUGAGAUGAUUUCGCUGUUUUGCGAGCGGAAAGGCGAAGUCAUUGCCAACAUGAUCAUUGACUGUGCCGAUGUGAUGGUUUCGCACGACGACAAUCUUCCGGACAGCGUGUGUCCUGAUUGCCUAACCAGAUUGGUUGACGCAUUCACCUUGAGGAAGUUGAUCCGUGACUCGGAGGAAAUCCUACAAGCCGUAGCCAUCCGGCUGAAGGCCGAAAAGGCUGGCGAAAGCCUGAGCGAUCCCCUACAGCUGGAACCUCCGGAGGAACCAUUGGAAACACCAGUGAAGGAACCGCUACCGCUUCCAAAGGAAGUCGCCCCCAGUAAGGGUAAAAUUACAAAAUACCCUACCAAAGAGCAGAUCGAAAGUAUCGAAACGUUCGAAACGUACAAUGUGAUCAAAGUGAGAGGGGUUCGUUGUUGCGGUUGCGAUGAGAUUUUGCCAUCCAAGCAGGAUCUGGUUCGGCACAGUAGGCUGGAACAUUCGCAUCGGGCUGGAAUUCACAUUAGCGAUGGGGUAUUCCAAUGCCAAACGUGCUUCGUGAUCUUCCCCAAUCGAAUGAAGCUGCUAAACCACACGAAGAACUACGAUUCCAAUGAAAUUUACCACUGUACCGAGUGCGACAUCCUCUUCGACAUCCGAUACCGUCUGGUGCAGCAUCAAAAUUUGAGCAAAGCGCACCAGAUCGUUUCGUACUCCGUGGAAGAUCAGGGUAACGGCAGUUCUAAGAAAUCCAAGGACCGGAAGGGCGGUAAGUCUCGCAAACGCGUGGCCAAAGAGAUGGCCUACCCGGAUGGCGAGUUUAUUCUGUGUAUUGACGAAACUCAGGAGUACCAGAUCAUUCAUAUGAGUGGGGAACGGUGUUGCGGAUGUGGGAUGGUAUUUCACGACUAUCAGGACCUGAUCGACCAUUGUGGGGAGGUACAUCCUCGGAAGGAUGAUGACUACAUAGGCUUCGAGUGCAAUUUGUGCUUUGAAAGGUUCGAACAGGUACAGUCGUACAACCGGCAUAGGACAUCACGAGUUCAAAAAGAAAUCUACUACUGCAAAUUUUGCGACGUGGUAAUUGAUAUAAAGUUUCGUUUUGAGCAACACUUGAAGACGAGCGUUGCGCAUCAAUCAGCGCUUGACAAGGCGGGGAUGAAAUCAAGCUUCCCCAUAGAUGAAAAACCUGCUUCGGAACUUCGUACUUUGGAAAGAAAUAUCGAAGUGCUGGAAAUUGAUGGAAUCCGUUGCUGUGGAUGUGAAUUUGUCUGUAAUACUAAAGAAGAGCUGGAGGAUCAUUCCGAGGAGAGGCAUGGAUUCGAAAGGGAUAAGUCCGGAGGUUCCGAAGAGUUUGAGUGCGACAUCUGUUUCAAACGAUUUUCGAAGUUUGGACAGCUAACAUGCCAUAAAAAUCUAGCCCUGCAGAAAUCACUGUACAAAUGCAAACAUUGCGAUGAACAAUCGGAAAUCAAAUACCGCAUCCUACAGCACAUCGUCGAAAGUGAACACAAUAUUGAAGAACAAACAGAGGAACCAACAACCGAUCUAGGACAACCAAAGGUGUUCUACUGUUGCUUCGUAAGGUGCCCGAUAACCUUCGAAGAUCCGAACGAUCUGUUGGAUCACGUGGAAGAACAGCAUGCUUCCAAAAGGCGAGAAAAUGCCCGAGAACGGGAAUCCAACGCGUUCAUCUGCUACGUGUGCCACAAAAGUUUCAAAAACGAAAAAUCCCUCCAGAGUCACCAGUUUCCGAAGAAAACGGAAAAUCCACAUGUCUGUGGCACUUGCGGUACGAGCUUCCUUUACCUUUCGGCAUUGAUGACUCACGAGAAGAUGCAUACCGGAAUAAAGGAGUAUAAGUGCGAUGUGUGCGAUAAGGAAUUUUACGACGAAAAAGCGCUUAAGCUACACCAGGUGUGCCACAAGGAGGAGCGACCGUUUGUCUGCGAUAUUUGUUCGAAAUCGUUCCUCAGGAAGGGCAACUUAAGGGUUCAUAAACGUUGCCACUCGGAUAACAUUUGGGAGUGUCCUCAUUGUACCAACAAAUUCAAAACAAAACAAUCGCUAACGCUUCACAUCCGAAGCCAUACCGGCGAGAAACCGUUCGAAUGCCGGUACUGUACCAACCGGUACAGCCACUCCACCGACAGGAACCGCCACGAAAUGGCUGCACACACCAAGGUGCGGCCGCACAAAUGUCCCGACUGUGACAUGACGUUCAUUCGGAAGCGGCAGCUAACGCUUCACGCUAGGACCCACACGGGCGAGAGGCCUUAUACGUGCCACAUUUGCGACCGCACGUUCGUCCAAUCGACCUAUCUGAAGAAGCACCUGGCCACGCAUGCGAAGCGAGGAACCAAGCUCAAGGAAACGGAAUAUUUGAUCGAACUUUUGCCGCCAGAGGAGUGCGAAAAGGAAUUUGAGGUUGUGGAGAUGGUCGAGGGUGAUCAGAUGAUGGAAGAAGCGGAGUCGGGGGACGAUCAGUUGUGCGAAGAAGAUGAUGCAUAAUAGUUAUGUUUAAGUCUACUGAUAUAUAAGGAUCUUUGUUUCUAGAGUACACAAUAAAACAUCAUUCGGAAUAA